AUGGCGCAUGAGUCCGGGGGGGGGCAUACCAACGGCAGCGUUCCCACUGCCUCCGGUGCUCCUCCCCCGGCGCCAGCGCCCGACGUCGAAAUCCAAUAUGUGUCGGCCGACCUGGAGAGCGAGUUGGCGGGUGAUGACCCGGCGCUGGAAGAAUUCAGGGAGAUCUUCAAGAAGUUUUCCACGGCGGAGGAGCUCUGUGGCACCAGCGUGGACGAUGAAAAAGGGGUUGACGAGGGAGGAGAGGGUGCGGGGGAGAAAGUUUCAGGCGGUGAGGGCCGGGGGGGGGAGGAGGACGAGGAGGAGGAGAAAACUGGGUCGCGUCUAUCUAGAAAACAACGGAAGAAGCUGAACCGACUGUCGGUGGCGGAGCUCAAGCAGCUGGUAGCCCGACCCGACGUGGUGGAGGCGCACGACGUGACCUCCCAGGACCCGCAGCUCCUCGUGCAGAUGAAGGCCUACCGCAACUCGGUGCCGGUGCCCAGACAUUGGUGCCACAAGCGGAAGUACCUGACGGGGAAGCGCGGCAUCGAGAAGGCGCCCUUCGAGCUCCCCGACUUCGUCAAGGCUACCGGGAUCCAGAAGCAGCGGGAGGCGAUGGAGGAGAAGCUGCGCCUGCAGACGGCCCGCCAGAAAAUGCGCGAACGUGUGAACCCGAAGAUGGGGCGGAUGGACAUCGACUACGCCGUGCUUGAGGACGCCUUUCUCCGCUACCAGACCAAGCCCCCCCUAACGCCGCACGGCGAGCUCUACUACGAAGGCAAGGAGUUCGAGGCGCGCACCCGGAACCACACCCCAGGCGUGCUCUCGGAGGAGCUGGUCAACGCACUUGGCAUCCCCCCCCUCUACCCGCCUCCUUGGCUCAUGAACAUGCAGCGGUACGGCCCCCCUCCCGCCUAUCCUGCGCUGCGGAUCCCGGGCUUGAACGCUCCUUUGCCCGAAGGGGCGAGCUUCGGAAUGCACCCGGGAGGUUGGGGGAAGCCGCCCGUGGAUGAGAGGCAUUGGGGGGGCGUGGAAGUGGAGGAGGAGGAGGUAGAAGAGGAAGAAGAGGAAGAAGAGGAAGAAGAGGAGGGGGAGGAGAGAAGGAAGGAUGAAAGUGGGCUGGAGACCCCCGUGACAGAGGCGACGGGGCUAUCGUCGGUGGUGUCGGGCCUGGAGACCCCGGGGGAGGCGAUGGGUAUGGAGCUGCGGAAGCAGGCGGGGCUGGAGGCGCCGAGCGAGGAACCCAAGGAGCUGUACAAGACAAGAAAUAUGUGA